GUUGUAACGCCUGCUCUGCGAUCUGCAGAAAUGCAGAUUUUCCAAAGGCAGCUGGACUCUGCUGAGGGGGAGGAGGGAGAGGAGCAGCAGCGGCAGGUCUGUCCCCAUCUCUCUCCCUCCCUGGGUGCAGCAGUCCGUGUUCCUCGCGUGUCCCCCCGGUGAAAGCUGUGCCGUGCUGGGGCUCUCUCUCCUUCUCGGUGACCGUCCCCCACAUGAGUCACAGGAGCUGAGUGACAGCAGCGGCCGCGCCGGCUCCUCCGCGGCCCUUUAAAGCCUCAAAGCAGGGGCUAAUGAUUUAUCCGACUCGUACUAUCACGAAAAUGUCACGCCAAGGGCACCUUGCUAUGCACUGACGCAAAGCCAGUCUUUCCCAGGGAGGUAUAGAAAGCUUUGCCCGGAGCCGGGCCAAGCCUACUCUGCUCGGAGCGCUCCUUUCCCCUCGGCCGGCUCCCUCUGCGCCUGUCUCGGACAUGGUGAGUGCCGGAUCUCCUCUCUGAGGGCCGAGGAGGGAUGGGGGAGAGGAGCGGGAGCUGUUCCCGGUGCUGCCGGGCGGGGCGGGGAUGCUGCGGGACGGGCACAGCGCUGGGACCCCCAAAACGCGCUCCUUUAGCCCCUGCACACUUCAUCCCUGCUGCCGGCAGAGCGGGGCUGCGGUGGAGGGAAAACUUGGAGCGGAAAGGGUGGCCAGGAGCUCUGUGAGAGGCUCUGAGAAAAAGAAAGGGUGUUUGCAAAGCUAGCAUUGGACUGGCGGAAAUUUUAUACAUUGCCUAAUGUAUAAAAUGAAGAUACAUUUUAAACUGCGGUUUUAAACUGGAGGUGAGUGCGGGAGUGUAGCCAGUAAUCUAUUUAAUGAUUAGGGGAAGCGUAAAUAAAAUCUUUAGCGUUUUGUGAGUCGAAAACAUGAAACAAGGCUAGGGGAAAGCUGCUGUUAGUGGCAUUAAUCCCACUGUGGCGGUGUGGUUAAGUUUUGGGGGUUUUUUUGCAUUUCACUCUCUUGCUGACAGGCUUUGAAGCGUAGCAGCCAGCUCAGAAAUGCUCACCAGCACUAUUUCACUUGUUUUUUAACAUCCCCGGUGGCUACAGGGCAGCUUGUCUCUCGCUCCUAUAUAUUUAAAAAAAAAAAAAAAAAAAAAAAAAAAAAAAAAAAAAAAAAAAAAAAAAAAAAAAAAAAAAAAAAAAAGGAGUCGAUGUGCAUUGUUGAAUGACAGAAAGGAAAUGGGGCGUAAAAUUAAAGAAUCUUUCUACACUGGUGAUAGGGAAGUGAGCAUCCUACAGCCGUGAUGUGAAACCUAACGAGGUCUGGCGGCGCAGUGCCGUAGAAACACUUCUUUAAACUUGAAUUACGGGUUUGCAGAUGCUGGCGGGUUUUGUUUGAGGUUUGUUGUUCGAGGUUUUUUUUGGGGUGGGGUAUUUUUGUGUUCCAUACUCUUUUUUCCCCCCAGAGUAUUAACGCUGAAUGAGAGGGCAAGCAGGCGAGCCUUAGCUCCUGGAAAUUCUGCAACAUUCCCGUAUCCCGAUUAUCUGGCGCAUGCGUUCCCCUCACGAGGACGAAAAUUCGUACAACCUCCGCAGUGCCAACCUUUUUUUUUUUUUUUUUUUUUUUUCCCUCCUUCUUCUCCUUUUGGUAAAAUAUGUGACGUUCUCAUUUUAGGAUUACGCCAGUCAAAGGGAUAUGAGCAAGCAGCCUGGGAACAAUCCCGAAGCGGUGGCUCCCGCAGCCAAGGACGGUGCGGGAGCUGCGAGAACCAGUCCCGAAAAUGAACCGCAGAAUCCCCCUGGGCCAGCCCCGGCCAGGCUGCCCCGCUCGCUCUCGGACGACAGCAAAACCCUUCCCUCGGGAGAGGCGAGGCCGAACGACGUGGAGAGGACCAAAGUGGGGGUCUGCAAGCUGAGCAGCGGCCCGGUGCAAGCCAGCUCCAGGGAAUCCGAGGAGAACCUUCCCUGCAAGGCCGGCGCAGGGAUGGGCGGGCAGGGCGCGAUCCCUCCGUGCAAGAUCGCCGCCUUGCAGAGCACGGACGGGGCGGCCGCGCUCAGCCUCGGCAAGGGCCCGCUGGAGCACAACAACGCCUGGGUGAGCCUGGGCCAGAGCACCGUGGUGCUGGGCACCGACGGCAACACCUCGGUCCUGCCUGGCACCGGCGAGCGGGUGACUGGCGACGAUGUGGGGGAUGAAAACAAAGCCCGCGGGAACUGGUCCAGCAAGCUGGAUUUCAUCCUCUCCAUGGUGGGUUAUGCAGUGGGGCUGGGCAAUGUCUGGAGGUUCCCGUACCUGGCCUUUAAGAAUGGGGGAGGUGCGUUUCUCAUCCCCUAUCUGAUGAUGCUGGCUCUAGCCGGGAUCCCCAUUUUCUUCCUGGAAGUCUCCCUGGGCCAGUUCGCCAGUCAGGGCCCCGUGUCGGUGUGGAAAGCCAUCCCCGCCCUGCAAGGCUGCGGCAUCGCCAUGCUGAUCAUCUCGGUGCUGAUCGCCAUCUAUUACAACAUCAUCCUGUGCUACACCCUCUUCUACCUGUUCGCCUCCUUCGUGCCCGUGCUGCCCUGGGCGUCCUGCAGCAACCCCUGGAACACGCCCGACUGCAAGGACAAGAAUAAACUCCUGCUGGAUUCCUGCAUUAUUGGUGACCACCCCAAAAUCCAAAUCAAGAACUCCACCUUCUGUAUGAGUGCCUACCCCAACCUAACCAUGGUGAACUUCACCAGGGAAGGAAACAAAACGUUUGUCAGUGGCAGUGAAGAAUACUUCAAGUACUUUGUGUUGAAGAUUUCAGCAGGGAUUGAAUAUCCCGGUGAGAUUCGAUGGCCCUUGGCACUGUCUCUUUUCCUGGCUUGGGUGAUUGUUUAUGCCUCCCUUGCUAAAGGAAUCAAGUCAUCAGGAAAAGUUGUGUACUUCACAGCCACCUUCCCCUACGUGGUUCUCAUCAUCCUCCUCAUCAGAGGAGUCACUCUCCCAGGAGCUGGAGAUGGCAUCUGGUACUUCAUCACACCCAAGUGGGAGAAGCUGAUCGAUGCCAUGGUUUGGAAGGAUGCUGCCACUCAGAUUUUCUUCUCCUUAUCUGCAGCGUGGGGAGGUCUCAUUACCCUCUCUUCAUACAACAAAUUCCACAAUAACUGCUACAGGGACACCUUGAUAGUCACGUGCACCAACAGUGCCACCAGCAUCUUCGCAGGCUUUGUCAUCUUCUCCGUCAUCGGCUUCAUGGCAAACGAGCUCAAAGUGAACAUCGAGGCCGUGGCAGACCAAGGUCCUGGGAUUGCUUUUGUGGUUUACCCAGAAGCCUUAACCAGGCUGCCCCUCUCUCCCUUCUGGGCUAUAAUUUUCUUCUUGAUGCUUCUAACUCUUGGAUUAGACACGAUGUUUGCCACCAUCGAGACCAUCGUGACCUCUGUGUCAGACGAGUUCCCCAAGUACUUAAGGACACACAAAGCCCUCUUCACCCUCGGGUGCUGCGUGUCCUUCUUCAUCAUGGGAUUUCCUAUGAUCACUCAGGGUGGAAUGUACAUGCUACAGCUCGUGGACACGUAUGCAGCCUCUUACUCUCUGGUCAUUAUUGCCAUCUUCGAGCUGGUUGGAGUUUCCUACAUCUACGGCUUGCAAAGAUUCUGUGAAGAUAUAGAAAUGAUGAUUGGGUUCCAGCCAAGCAAAUUCUGGAGAGUCUGUUGGGCAUUUGUGACCCCAACUAUUUUAACAUUCAUUCUCUGCUUCAGUUUUUACCAGUGGGAGCCCAUGACCUACGGCUCUUACCACUACCCAGGCUGGUCCAUGGUGCUCGGCUGGCUGAUGCUGGCCUGCUCAGUCAUCUGGAUCCCAGUGAUGUUCGUGAUCAAAAUGCAUCUAGCCCCAGGCAAAUUUAUUGAGAGGCUCAAGCUGGUGUGCUCUCCACAGCCCGACUGGGGCCCCUUCCUGGCCAAGCACCGCGGCGAGCGCUACAGGAACAUGAUGGACCCGCUGGGAACCUCCUCCCUGGGACUGAAACUGCCCGUGAAGGACAUGGAACUGGGGACACAGUGCUAAUGAUUAUUGCCAAAGGGUGGCAGCAGCAUUGCCAGCCUUUUUGGGGUUUUGUGGUUUGUUUUUUUGUUGGUUGUUUUUUUUUUCUUUUCUGCCCGCUGUUUCUUUUCCACAGUGCCUGAAAGUGGUUGCUUAGGAGAGCAGGACUUGUUGCAUGCCAUAGGGGAGGCCUAACCAGACCACUUCCAGGAGCAGGCGGUGCCUGUGACAUGUUCUGCACCCCGUGGCACAGCAGAAGCCCCGUGUGUGACAGGUGACAUCGCCAGGUGUUGUGGGAAUAGACAAAACCAAACUGAAAUAUCUCCGGAGGAAAUGAGGUGUGCAGUUUGAGCCCUUCCCACAGGCAUCCUCCUGACAGGUGGCUGUGAUGGGACUAGGAUCUGCUGCCAGUGCAUUCCAAGGAAGGUUCAGCCCCCAAAUAGAAUGGAAGUGAGCAAAGAAUGGGAUCUCCUAUGGUCCUGAUAUAAAUCCAGCCUCAGGCUCCUGCAGCAAUGGGGUUGAUUUUUCUACAUUGACGGCCAACCUUGACCCAUCACGUCUGCACACCUCCUUUAUGAUUUAUACUAACUUGGAGGGAUUGUUAUGUUGU